AUGUCGAUGAGCCCUAAGCAUACGACUCCUUUUUCUGUUUCCGAUAUCUUGAGUCCCCUUGAGGAGAGCUAUAAGAAAGUAAGUAUGGAGAAUAACAACUUGGGGGCACCUCUCACUUCUUACCGGCAGCCGCAGGUCUCUCAGGCGGCGAUGCAGCAGCACCACAUGGGCCACAAUGGGACUGUGUCUGCGGCUUACCACAUGACCGCGGCAGGUGUUUCUCAGCUGUCGCACACGGCCAUGGGGGGCUACUGCAACGGCAACCUGGGCAACAUGGGCGACCUCCCGUCUUACCAGGACGGCAUGAGGAGCGGCGCCACGGCCACCGGCUGGUACGGAGCCAACCCCGACCCGCGCUUCUCCACCAUUUCUCGCUUUAUGGGCUCGUCGUCGGGCAUGAACAUGGGCAGCAUGGGCAGCCUCAGCUCCCUGGCAGACGUGGGCAAAGGCAUGGGCUCCCUAUCCAGCACCCCGAGGAGAAAGAGGCGAGUUCUGUUCUCCCAGGCUCAGGUCUACGAGCUGGAGCGGCGCUUCAAGCAGCAGAAGUACCUUUCUGCGCCGGAGAGGGAGCACCUGGCGAGCAUGAUCCACCUGACCCCGACGCAGGUGAAGAUCUGGUUCCAGAAUCACCGGUACAAGAUGAAGAGACAGGCCAAAGACAAAGUGUCCCAGCAGCAGAUGCAGCAGGACGGCGGCUCCUGCCAGCAGCAGCAGCAGCAGCAGCAGCAGCAGUCCCCGCGGAGGGUGGCCGUGCCGGUGCUGGUUAAAGACGGGAAGCCGUGCCAAGGCAACGGCCACAUCACGCCGACGUCCACGGCGCAGACGCACCACCAGCAAGGGGCCAACGUCAUGAUAAUGUCCGCCAACAACGCGUCCGGCCUCGGGCAGCAUCAGAGCCAGCAGCAGGUUGGAAGCACGGGGCACUCUCCGGACCUGGCCCCGCACUCCUCCAGUCCGCCGUCCCUGCAGAGCCAAGUGGCCGGCCUGUCCCACCUGAACUCCCCCGGCGCGGAGUACGGCUCGGCCCUGCAGUGUUCAGCCCUGUUAUACGGCAGGACGUGGUGA